AUGCCAAAGGUCAAAUACGUCCUCCUCGACUGCGACAACACCCUCGUCUUGUCUGAGCGUCUCGCCUUUGAAGCUUGUGCCGAUCUCACCAACGAACUCCUCGCCAAGUAUGACAUUCCCGACCGCUACAGCGUCGACUCCCUCCUUGAGGACUUUGUCGGUCAGAACUUCCGUGGCAUGCUGGUAGGACUCCAGAAGAAGCACGACUUCCAGAUGCCUCCGGAGGAGCUUGAGGAAUACGUCAAGCGUGAAUUGGGAGAAGUCAUCAAGAAGCUCAGCGCCAAAGCCACUCCGUGCCCCGGGGUGCCAGAAGAGUUGGAACGUCUUCACAAGGCUGGAUACCCCAUGGCUGUCGUGUCGACUUCUGCCAAACCCCGCGUCGUUGCUUCUCUCGAGAAGGUCGGCAUUGACCACUACUUCCCCAACGCCCAUGUGUACAGUGCCGCCACCUCCCUCAACCCGCCGUCCAGCAAACCUGACCCCAAGAUCUACCUCUACGCCUGCGAGCAGCUCGGUGUCAAGCCAGAGGAGUGCAUCACUGUGGAGGACAGCAAGAGUGGUGCCACUGCCGCCAUGCGUGCCGGAAUUCCAUUGGUCGGCUACGUUGGAGUCUAUGGCAUUGAGGAAGGCAAAGAGAAGAUGGAACAGAUGGCGAAGUUAUUGAAGGAGCAAUGCAACGCUGCUGCCAUCAUGUACGACUGGAAGGAGUUUCCAGAGAUUCUCAAGAAGUUGGAAGCUGCAUAG